AAUUAACGGGUUUAGCCGAUCAACAGUAAGAACAAAAUUUUCAUAUUCAGAUGGAAAAAUCAUUGAGCUUAUCGCUUUACAGCUUCCACGCACGUACGACAGUUUGAUUGUAAUUUUGUCCGGUUUCAAUUUCUGUACUGUUUUCACUUCCCGUACUCUUUCGUUUCGGAUCGGACGGGACUCUGCGUAUGCUCCUACGACAUCCCGUUACAUUUCUUCACACUCUCCAAGCUAUUUCACCUCCUCGCUUAUCUCGCAACUCUUCCUAUGACAACGACAACUUUUGUUUACUCCGUUUCCUCUACAACUUUUGUUUCUUCUACUGCGAACCCAAUGACAACGAUUCCUUUAACCUCAAAGCUCUUCUCCUACAAACACACCAGAACCAAAAUCGUACAGAGGACAUGCGGGAAAUGGGGUGGAGGGCAAGUCCGAUUCUCUGUCAAUCGUCACGUGCGGAUUUUUUGCCAAUCCAAGACGGGGAAAAUGCAGAUAAGAAGGUACUGUCCUUUCCUGGAAAGAUCACUAAUGUCCGGCAAUGGUGCCUUGGCUUGUGAUGAGUGGGAAGCUGUUCCUGACAUCUGGAGGUCUUCAGCAGAUAAAUAUGGUGAUCGUGUAGCAGUGGUGGAUCCAUACCACUCUCCACCUUCACAAAUGACAUAUAAACAGCUGGAGCAUGAGAUUUUGAACUUCUCUGAAGGCCUUAGAGUUAUUGGACUAAACCCUGAUGAAAAGCUAGCACUUUUUGCUGAUAAUUCAUGCCGGUGGCUUGUUGCAGAUCAGGGUAUAAUGGCCACUGGGGCAAUCAAUGUGGUAAGGGGUUCAAGGUCAUCAGUCGAAGAGCUAUUGCAUAUAUACAAUCACUCUGAAAGUGUUGCACUUGUUGUGGAUGGUCCUGAAAUGUUCAAUCGAAUUGCUGAAACAUUCUGUUCCAAGGCUGCUAUGAGAUUCGUCAUUCUGCUUUGGGGAGAGAAGUCAUCCAUGGCUUGUAAAGGAGUAGAGGGGUUGCCUUUUUUUACUUACAAGGAAAUUAUAGAUUUGGGACGGGAAAACCGCAGGUCUUUGUUUGAUUCUCAUGCUGCUAGACAGGACUUUGUAUAUGAAGCCAUAAACUCUGAUGAUAUUGCUACACUUGUAUACACAAGUGGAACCACCGGCAAUCCAAAAGGUGUUAUGCUCACUCAUCGGAAUCUGCUGCACCAGAUAAAAAAUUUGUGGGAUGUUGUACCUGCUGAAGUCGGUGAUCGAUUUCUAAGCAUGCUUCCACCUUGGCAUGCAUAUGAACGAUCUUGUGAGUAUUUUAUCUUCACAUGUGGAAUCGAACAAGUAUACACGACUGUAAGAAACUUGAAGGAUGAUUUGCGGCAUUAUCAACCAAAUUAUGUGAUUUCUGUUCCAUUAGUAUAUGAGACACUCUACAGUGGGAUCCAAAAGCAAAUUUCUAGUAGCUCCCCUGUACGUAAGCUUAUUGCUCUUGCAUUUAUAAGAGUCAGCUUGACAUACAUGGAAUUGAAGAGAAUUUAUGAGGGAAAAUGUCUAAUGAGGAAUCAAGCGCAACCAUCGUAUCUUGUUUCAAUGUUGGAAUGGGUAUGGGCAAGAUUUAUCGCAACAAUAUUAUGGCCGGUGCAUCUGUUGGCAAAGAAAAUUGUUUAUGGUAAAAUACACUCUGCUAUCGGAAUAUCAAAGGCUGGCGUAAGUGGAGGAGGUAGUUUUCCUUUGCAUGUCGAUAAGUUUUUCGAGGCAAUUGGCGUGAAAGUGCAAAAUGGGUAUGGUUUAACAGAGUCUUCUCCUGUUGUUGCUGCACGACGACCUACCUGCAAUGUUCUUGGUUCCGUUGGGCAUCCAAUUCGACAUACAGAGUUCAAAAUUGUAGAUUCUGAAACCAAUGAAGCUCUCCCACCUGGUUCAAAGGGAAUUGUUAAAGUUAGGGGGCCACCAGUGAUGAAAGGUUACUACAAGAAUCCAUCAGCUACAAAGCAAGCGUUAGAUGAGGACGGUUGGCUAAGCACUGGUGAUAUAGGUUGGAUUGCUCCUCACCAUUCCACUGGGCGUAGUCGUCACUGUGGAGGUGUGGUUGUUCUUGAAGGGCGUGCCAAGGAUACCAUAGUUCUCUCUACUGGUGAAAACAUUGAACCGGGGGAGCUUGAAGAAGCUGCUCUCAGAAGUAGUCUAAUUCAACAAAUAGUUGUUAUCGGCCAGGAUCAACGACGUCUUGGAGCUAUAAUUGUUCCAAACAGAGAAGAGGUUCUAUUGGCAGCAAAAGAACUGUCUAUUGUCGAGGGAAAUGCCUCGGACCUUAAUAAGGAAAAAAUGACCAGCCUUUUAUAUAAAGAAUUGAGAACAUGGACUUCGGAGUGUUCAUUUCAAAUAGGACCAAUCCUUGUUGUGGAUGAGCCCUUUACUAUUGAUAGCGGAUUAAUGACUCCGACCAUGAAAAUUCGAAGGGACAAAGUCGUGGCUCAGUUUAGGGAGCAAAUUGACAUUCUCUACAAGUAAAUUUCCCUCUGGAUUUAUGUACCUAAACGUGAUGAACUGUAUAAACCGUAUAUAAAGCUCUUGAGACAGAGCCAUCUCAAAACAACCUGCUGGCUGUUUCGUAAGGUUUCCUGCCAUGAUUUCUAUCUUUUAGCACAAUUAACUAAA